UCCCCUCCCCUCCCGCUUCAGGCGGGCUGUUCCCUGAACCAGGCGCUCCCCCUGGCGGGAGGGGCGGGGGCAAGGACUGUCCCGGCCGGCGCUGAUCUUAGGCUUCCAUUGGCCGCUGUCUGCGCUGACGUCACGAUCAUGAUGAGAAUUAAUGAUCGGAGGCGCUGAUUUCAUUGUGUGACGCCGGGACCGACCCAGCCGAAACCGGCUGAAUCCGGAGCCCCCCGGACCAACUCCGCCCGCCCCACAGAGCACGGGCUGGAUCCUGCAUUCCUUGGGCAACCAAAACCUCCAAAUGAAUCUGCGUUCUGUAUUUACUGUAGAACAACAAAGGAUAUUACAGCGUUAUUAUGAAAAUGGAAUGACAAAUCAAAGUAAAAAUUGCUUUCAGCUCAUAUUACAGUGUGCACAAGAAACUAAGCUGGACUUCAGUGUAGUCAGGACUUGGGUUGGCAAUAAAAGAAGAAAGAUGAGCAGCAAGAAUGUUGCAGAAUCUGGAGGCACCCCACCCAGAACUGUUCCUAGCACCCCUACAGUGCCUCCAGAAGUAGCAGUCAGAAAUGUGGUAAACAUUGCUCGAUCCCAAAGCCAGCAGUCUUCUUGGACAUCAUCUAACAAUGAUGUAAUAGUAACUGGUAUAUAUAGCCCAGCUAGUUCAUCCAGCAGGCAGGGAUCCACGAAACAGACUAAUGCUUCAAUGACUGAGAUACAUAAAAACUCUAUUCAGAGGCCACCUGGAAAAAGUGAUACAGAAUUUCAGCAGCAGCAUAUCCCUAUAGGACGACAAGCACCACAUUGUAAAGGUGCUUCGCUGCUCCUGGGGGAAAAAACUAUUAUUUUGUCAAGACAAACAAGUGUGUUGAAUUCUGCAAACUCCAUAUACAAUCAUACUAAGAAAAAUUAUGGUGGUUCAUCAGUCCAGACUGCAGAGUUAGUGUUACCUCAAAAGCCAAUAAUAUGCCACAGGCCAUGUAAAGCUGAACCAGUGGGGUGUCAGAGGUUACACAAACCAGAACACACAGCCCUUGCAUCACACAUCCCAUCUGGACAGAGAGCUAAUGUUCGAGACCCUUCUUGUAGCACACAAAACUUGGAAAUUCGUGAAGUUUUUUCCUUGGCAGUUACUGAUCAACCUCAAAGAAUUAUGGGAGGAAAUACAACACAGAAGCCUUGUUCGGUCGAAGGCAGUUGCCUGUCCAUUGCAAUGGAAACAGGAGAUGCUGAUGAUGAAUAUGCUAGAGAGGAAGAGCUUGCAUCUAUGGGAGCACAAAUACAAAGUUAUUCAAGAUUUUGUGAAAAUAGCAGUUCCCUUCGAGUGGAGAACCAAAGCACAGCUUUGUCUGGACCAGGCAGAAAUGUGAGCUGCAGUUCACAGAUGGUGAAUGCCAGGGACUUGCCUGACAAUGUAUUAUAUCAUAACAGAGACUACCGCUUGCCUCCACGGACCUCAUUACAUACACCAUCCAGUACACUGUAUAGUAGUGCUAAUCCAUCAAGAAGUAACUUUUCUCCUCAUUUUACAUCUUCAAAUCAACUGAGGCUGUCGCAAAACCAAAACAACUACCAGAUUUCAGGAAACCUUACUGUGCCUUGGAUUACAGGGUGUUCCAGAAAAAGAGCACUACAGGACCGCACGCAGUUUAGUGACCGAGAUUUAGCCACUCUCAAGAAAUACUGGGACAAUGGCAUGACCAGCCUGGGCUCAGUCUGCAGAGAAAAAAUUGAAGCUGUUGCUGCAGAAUUAAAUGUUGACUGUGAAAUAGUGCGGACUUGGAUUGGGAAUCGAAGACGAAAAUAUCGUUUAAUGGGGAUUGAAGUCCCACCCCCUAGAGGAGGCCCUGCUGAUUUCUGUGACCGUCCUGAAUCUGUUGCUAAAUCAGCACUUACUCCAGGAGAGGAAACUGCUACUGAAGUGGGAGAUGAUAAUGAUAGGAAUGAUGAAGUAUCAAUCUGCUUAUCUGAAGGAAGUUCACAAGAAGAAACCAGUGAAGUUAUUCAAAAUGAAGAAAUUGGUCACAAAGAAGAGGACCAAAAUACAUUAUCUGCAGAUAAUGUGAAAAUUGAAAUUAUAGAUGAUGAAGAAAGUGAUAUGAUUAGUAAUUCCGAAGUGGAUCAGAUGAGCUCUCUUUUGGAUUAUAAGAAUGAAGAAGUUAGGUUCAUUGAAAAUGAAUUGGAGACUCACAAACAGAAAUAUUUUGAACUACAGACAUUCACGAGGAGCUUGAUACUUGCUAUCAAAUCAGAUGAUAAAGAACAGCAGCAGGCACUGCUGUCAGAUUUACCUCCUGAAUUAGAAGAGAUGGAUUUCAAUCACGCAUCUCCAGAGCCUGAUGAUACCUCAUUCAGCUUGUCGUCUUUAUCAGAGAAAAAUGCCUCGGACAGUUUGUGAUCUUUGGAGAAAAAUAAUAUAUAUACGCACACACAAUGCUUAGACUGCCUAACAGGUGUGCAUUUCAAGAUAACUGCAUUUUGUUACCUGAUAUCAUUCAGUCAACAAAAACCUUGGUAAACUAGGCAGACCUUGCUGAAGGGUGAAUGUGAUGUGAUAUGACUGCAACUUGCGGUGACAAGGAAUAUGGAACUUUGUUUUUGGCAAGUGAGAAAGCUACAUGGGAAAAAGUUUUAGUUUUUAGCAUCACAGCCUCGAUUAGGGUCAUUUAUAAUUUUCCAAAAUAAUUCUUGCUUUGUAGCAAAAUUUAUUCUGAGCAGGGAUCCAAGAAUGGAAAAUAAAUGUGCAGUUACACAGCCAGGUAACAUUUCAACUUUGCUUAUCA